GUCGCGCAUGCGCACUUGGUCCUCCCUCUUUGGCUUCGCACCUCUCCUGCUAAAAUGGCCAAGCGCACCAAGAAGGUGGGAAUUGUUGGGAAAUACGGUACCCGUUAUGGUGCCUCGCUCAGGAAGAUGGUGAAAAAGAUUGAGAUCAGCCAGCACGCCAAGUACACCUGCUCCUUCUGUGGCAAGACCAAGAUGAAGAGACGAGCUGUUGGCAUCUGGCACUGUGGUUCCUGCAUGAAAACUGUUGCUGGAGGUGCCUGGACAUACAACACAACGUCUGCUGUCACAGUCAAGUCUGCUAUCAAGAGACUGAAGGAGAUGAAGGACCAGUAAACUGGGACUUUGUUUUUGUACAGAUUAAAACCACCUUGUCUCGGACUCUGCAUUUUCCAUGUGGUUCAUUGGAACAUCCCACAAUAAAUUUAAGUCUUGAGCGAGA